AUGACAAGCGUCCUUCCUUCAAGGAAUCUAGAGGGAACAUACAGUUUUGCUAGUCAGCCUAAAGUGGUAGCAAGGAGAAAAAUUUAUCGGGAGAAUAUAGAAGAAGAUAUAAACAGUAACUACGGAAAUAUCAUGUACGAUAGGAGAGUAAUCAGGGGAAACACAUACGCUUUGCAUGUAUUGCCUGCCCAUGCUCAGGCCGAUCCUAUUGAAAUUCAGAAACAAAUAGAAAGGAAACGUAACGCUAUUGCUCGUCGUAGAAUGCGUGAAGAACUCAGACCGAAAUCCCCAUUACCUCUAGAUGGUAGACUUCAUCAACCAGUUCAGACCGAACUUUAUUUGGAAGCUCUUACGGAACAAAUCGAAGAAGCAGAUGAAACUUGUCAGACCGAUGACUUUCUGGACAGACCACCUACUCCACUUUACGUACCAGCCAAAGUUGGUGUGGAUGUAAUGACUCAAAUAUAUGAAGGAGAUCUUUUUGACUUUGAUUUAGAAGUUACACCAAUAUUAGAAGUUUUGAUUGGUAAAACAAUUGAACAAUCUUUACUCGAAAUUGCGGAAGAAGAAGAAUUAGCUAGUAUACGUGCUCAACAGAAUGCUUUUGAAGAAAUACGUCAAGCUGAUCUUUUAGAAGUUGCUAGACUUACAGAGCGUGAAAGACGUAUACAAGAAGAAAAAGAACGACGUAAAGCUCAAUAUCUAGCUGUAAUUGAACAAGAAAAAGAAUUGACUACAAAAGUUGCUGCACAAGCAUUUGCUAAAGCCUAUUUAGCUGACUUACAAACACAUGUAUUUAAUAAUUUAACCGAAACUGGUUACUUUUAUGAUCCAGUUGAAAGAGAUAUUGAAGAAGGAUUUUUACCUUGGCUCAUGGAACAAAUCGAUGAAGAACUUGAAUUAUGGAAUGAUGCUUGUCUAUUAUUAGAUGGAAUGAUUAGAGAAGUAAGUUUUAUGAUCUUAAGCUCUUCCUUAUAAAUUGAUUUUCUCAAAUGUUUCCAUUUGGUUUAUAGUAGAAAUUUAUCCUCCUCAUUGGAAAAUGAGUCUGUGCUAGAAGGCCCCCUUGAUAAAAAUAUACACAAAUAGAAUUACUAAACGUUUUUUUGAACUGAUACUGAUUUAGAAAACAUGAAGCACUGGAUCUCUUCUUUACUCUAAUUCAUUAACUCCCUGGAAGUGCCCACCAACCAAAUUCAGGCUAUCUGGUAAUAAUGUACUAUAGAGUUACUAAUUAGGAAUAUAACAACCCACACUAUUUCAGAAAGUCUACAGUUGUUCAGGAAAGACACCAUGAAUAUCGGCAAUUAGAACUAAUGGCCGCUGAAAUGGCGUUGAUGCAAGAAGCAGGUGCUGCUUUAACAGGUCAAUCAGACCAACCAGAACGAAGUGAUGAGCUUACCGAAAAUAGCAAAAUUGAAAAUAUUAUUGAAUCUUCUUUUGAUAAAGAACCAGGAGAAGAAGACGACGAAGAAGAACAAACUGAAAAGGAUGACCGAAAUGAUGAAGGUGAAAUACAGGCGGAAGGGGAGAAAGAUGAACCGAAUAGCGAAAUGAACGAUCAGAAUGGUGAUGAAAUAGAUGAAGAAUAAUGUCACGUUAACAAUUGGAAUAUUUGGUUAUACUGAAUAACUGGAAUCUACGGAAUGUGAUUGCUUAUUUUAUCUUACAGAAACUAUAUGUACAAAUAUCAAAUAUUUAUUUACUUAAUGAAAUACAAUAGAAUGAGCGAAAAUAAUUAGUCUUUCUGUUUAGUUUUAUUAUUCCAGUCCAUAAAUUUUACUUUUAUGAAU